AUGACGGCCGGUGCCGGUGAGAUGAUUGGUGGGUGCGGUGGUGUGGCAGUGGGUGCGGUGGUGUUGGAGGCGGUGGCGGGUGGCGUUGGGGAUGGUGGGUGGGUGGGUGGAGAGGGCCGGCGGUGGCGGUUUAGUUUGUUCAUGGCUGGUGGUGGCGGUUCGAUGGCUGGGUGGUGGGCCGGCGGCAGCGCCGCCGUGAGCGGCGGAGGUCCCGGUCUCCUCCUGUGUUUGUUGAUUCUUGAUGAUUUUCCCAAAGUCAGGUCAAGCCAUCGGCUUAGGGACAAAAUGUACAAAUCACGUUUCAAAAACACAAUUGACAGACCAUUGGUAUGUAGUGACUCAGAAACGUCAAAUAAGGACGACAAAGAUGGUGAUGAUGGGAUGAAUGAUGCGGGCAAUGCGAAAACAAGAGAAGAUGUUCCGCCGUCGAUAAAAAACACACAAUACCAGGAUGUUAAUGAUAGUCAACUUGUCGUACACCCAUCCGUCAAUAUAACAUCAGAAAAAGAUCGGCUGCGAGACCCGGAUGACGAUUUUGUCGACACCCCACCACCGGGUAAACGACGGAAAUCGGCUGCCAAAAGAGGAUCGUCUCGUGGAAUGCAUCAACAAGUGAGACAGCCAUAUAAGCCAUUCACGGGUGCACGGAUCAGGCCAAAAGUAGGUAUCGACAAUCUGAUAACACUAGCAUCCGGCCUAAAUGAGGACCAACGUCAGAAAGUGGAUGAAAUUGGGUUUGGGUCGAUAUUUGGUUAUAAGGUGAAAGGUGUGCCUACUGCUUUGGCAAACUGGUUGGUUACAAAUUACGACCCAGACAAUGGUAUUUUAAACGUGGACGACGGGCGCACUGUAAACAUAUCGUCGGAGCUUGUUAGGAGUGUUUUCGGACUGCCUAUGGGUCCAACGGAUCUUGCUGAAAAAAAGAAAGCGAGCAAAAGGAAGGAUGUUGUUGUCCAAGCGUUCAGAGAUCAGUUUAAGCAUAUGGAUAUCACCCGCUUGUCGCCAGUUCAGCUGAUGAAUUACAUUUUGGAUUCGCAGUCUGAUAACGGAAGACUGUUUGUACUGAACUUUUUGAUUCUUUACUUCUCACUCCUAGGAGAAACCACGACGAACAACUCCGUCAAUGUGCGAUUCAUUUCAAAUAUUCAACCGGACGUGGAUAUCAAAAGCUUCAAUUGGUGUGCGUACAUGAUCUCGUGUCUCAAAAGAACGAAAACAGCCUGGCAUGGUGGCGAUGAUGCUUUUCGAGGGCCUAUGUUAUUACUUGCGAUUGCUUACGGAAUUGUGUUAAAGAAGAUACCUUCAUCACACAGUUCAAAUAUUAUUGAACUUGUAGAUGAUGAUCUUCUGGACAAUCUCGAAUGUGAUAUAGAAAGGAUGCAUACUGAACAAAAUAAGAAGACAAAGACAAGGGAAGAUAAAAAACACAAACGAGCAGAAGGGGUUGAGUGUGCUAGAAAAAAAUUCAAGAAGCAAAAAUAA